GAUUCAAUAACGCAAUUAAGGCAAAAAAACAAAAUUGAACUCAAUUCAAGUUUACUCAUAUCAAUGGAAUGUUUUUUUGCUCUUUCAAGUUUACUAAUACAAAUACCUCCGUUUUCCAUUUCCUCGUAAUCUUGCUCUGAAUAUUGUUAUGUUGAAUCCAUCCACCACAAGAAACUGUAACAAUGAGUCCAAAAAACACAACAUUAUGGAAAACCGAACAAACACUGAUGAAUCUUUUCAACCAUUGUUCCACUUUGAACCAUUUGAAACAGAUACACGCUCGUAUAUUCCUAACCGGUUUUAAUCACAACCUUAUUCUCUCCGGAAAAAUCAUCAUGUUCUGUGCUGUUUCCCAAAACAUGAAUUAUGCACUUAAUGUGUUCGACAAAAUUCCUAAACCAGAUUCAUUUCUUUGGAAUACCAUGAUUAGAGGUUUUGGUAAUUCCACUACCCACUCUCACAAUGCUAUUCAUUUCUUCAAGAGAAUGCAACUUGCUCAUCGACCUGAUAAUUUCACUUUUUCUUUCAUUCUUAAAAUUAUUGCUAGAUUAAGGUUUGUGAAUUUGGGGAAGCAACUUCAUUGUAGUUUAUUUAAGUUUGGUUUUGAAAAUCAUACUUAUGUUAGGAAUUCUCUUAUUCAUAUGUAUGGUAUGUUGAAGGAUAUAGAAAUUGCACACCAAUUGUUUGAGGAAAUGUACCAACCGAAUUUAGUUUCAUGGAAUUCUAUCAUAGACUGUCAUGUGUAUUGUGGAAAAUAUAAUGAAGCCAUUGACUUGUUUACUAAAAUGGUGCAGCAGCAGCACAAUGGUAUGGAAUUGCAACCGGAUCAUGCAACUUUGGUGGUGACGCUCUCAGCGUGUGGUGCGAUAGGAUCACUUGAUUUUGGGAGGAAGGUUCAUUCGUUUGUACGAGAUGGUGUUAAUAGUUUUGGUGAAAGUAUAUCUGUUUUUAAUGCGCUUGUUGAUAUGUAUGCAAAGUGUGGUGCGGUGGAAGAAGCUUAUGAGACAUUUAGUAACAUGAAAAGGAAGAACGUGGUUUCGUGGAAUGUCAUGAUUCUUGGGUUUGCUUCCCAUGGUAAUGGAGAAGAGGCUUUAGCGCUUUUCACGAGGAUGUUACACGAGAAUGUUGAGAGGCCAGACGAAAUUACUUUCUUAUGUGUAUUGUGUGCUUGUAGUCAUGGAGGGUUGGUUGAUGAAGGAAGACGAUAUUUUGAAAUUAUGAAUAGAGACUAUAACAUCAAACCUACAAUAAAACAUUAUGGGUGCAUGGUGGACCUUUUGGGUCGUGCUGGUUUAUUUGUAGAAGCGUAUGAAUUGAUAAAGAGCAUGCCAGUAGAGUGCAAUGCUAUUAUAUGGAGGACAUUGUUAGCUGCAUGUCGAAAUUAUGGAAAUGUUGAGCUUGGUGAGAAGGUAAGAAAACAUCUAAUGGAAUUGGAACCAGACCAUAGCAGUGAUUAUGUUCUUCUUGCUAACAUGUAUGCAAGCACGGGUCAAUGGAAUGAAAUGAGCAAAGAGAGAAGAUCAAUGCAAGAAAGGAGAGUUCGGAAACCAGAGCCUGGUAAUAGCUUUAUUGGCAUUCCUGGAACGAGGUUUGAGAAAGAGAUUGUUGAAAGGUUGUUGUAACGUUACCCAAAAGUUUUCGUCAACAGUGUGGUUUGAAGGUUUCAAUCGACAUGAUUGGUAUUGUAAUUAUUCAGGAUUCUUUCUUGAAUUUCAUUUUCACAAAAGAACAACUGCCAUCCUGCAGAAAUGGGUGAUGCUAAGAGCCUGAGAGUUUUCAACCAGUGAGGAGUUUGCUCUAAGUUCUAUUGGUAACUGAUGUCUUACUUCAGCAAGGGUCUCAACCAACUUUUAUGUCUUCUACUAUUCAUCCAUUCACUCUAACUCUGCAUAAGAAUGCUACGCCAUGAAAAUGAAUUCCUAGAUUUUAAGUUUUAAUUACUUAGUUGAAUGGAUGCAACAACAGUUUGAAUCAAAUCCAAAUUUUUGGCACAAGUCUUGGUGCUUAGUUGGCAAUUGUUUCAAAAUAAAAUCACAUCGAAGGAUUAUCUGUUAAAGAGAGGAAUUUUUAGCGGGGAUGCAACCUUAUGUGUAAGUGGGUGCGAGGAAUGUGAAAAUGUAACCACUUAUUAUUUGAAUGCCCUGUCUUUUCUACAGUUUGGUGGAGGAUUUAUUUGUGGCUUAGUGUCAGGACAACAACGAGCAAUGAGGCUCAAAAGCACUUUGAACAAUUUGCAAAUGUAUUAGGUGGGAGUAAUUCCUUUGAUCAAAAUAUGGGGAAGAGAUAAUGCUAUAAGUGGGAUUUUUGGGUGCGAUGUGGUUGUUAUUGUAAUAUGAGGAAUGGGUGUGAGGUAGUAUGUGCUCUCGGGUGAUGACAAAGGAUACAAGGCAAGAAGGAAGGAACGUCAACUGCUGGAGUGGAACAGGUAGCAAGUUGAAAAUGAUAAAGGUAAGAAGCGAAGCCAAUAGAAGCUGAGACAUCAAAGUUGAGCUAAAAAGUGGAACAGUGAUACAAAAAUCAGUGCAGUGGACCAUUUGUUGUAUCAAAAUUGUGCAGAGGUAUGAUAAUCUAUAGCAAUGGAAGUGUGACUGAGGUGGUGACCUUUCUUGAAGUGGAAAACAAAAUGGUCUAGUUUUUUUUCUUUAAGCAUAGGAAGUAGGAACUAAUUUGCUGCAAUAUUUUCAGUGAACAUUUAAUAUGUUGUUGGUGUCAUUGAAGAAGAAAAUUAAGAAUUCAUAUUCCAUUUAAUUGGUGGUACAUUUAACAAUUUUCAUAUACUAUUUAUUUGGUUUAAAAUGGACUAGGCCCAUAAUCAACAACCCAACCCGUUUGAUAAACGAUCUAAAAACCCUAAUUUGCCACUGUCUGCUUCCACACACAUCACGCAUAUUUCACAUCUAGGGUUUCUAAUCUUCGCCGAUUCAACGGCUCCGCCGAAAGGUAU